AUGGCCGACGACGCGACUGCCACUCCCACUGCGGCCCCAGACGUUGCGAGUGAGAGUGCCGCACAGGCGCAAUCGCACGCCCAAGAUGACCAAGACACUUCGAUGCUAGACGACCCAGCCAUCAAGGAGACAUCGCGCGAACCCUCAACGGCCACGCCUGCGCCCGUGUCCGACAACCCGCUCGAUGCGCCAGAUGGCCCCAGACCAGAGGCCGAAGAUGCAGACGGCCAGGAUGACGAAGAGAUGGGCGGCGUCGAGGAUGCAAAGAAAGAGAAGGACGGAGACGCUGCAGACCCCGAUGCGCAGGCAAAGGCAAAUCUCCAGGCCACUGCGCGAUCCCAUCUCGUUGCCCAGACAUACGCGACCAUUAUCCCCAGCUAUGCGACAUGGUUCGACAUGCGCUACAUUGACCGUCGCGAGAGCAAGGCCCUGCCAGAGUUCUUCAACGGCCGGAAUCGCAGCAAGACACCUGCUGUGUACCGCGACUACCGCGACUUUAUGAUCAACACAUACCGCUUGAACCCUGACGAGUACCUUACUGUUACCGCAUGCCGGCGCAAUCUGGCGGGCGAUGUGUGCGCCAUAAUGCGCGUGCAUGCGUUCUUGGAACAGUGGGGAUUGAUCAACUACCAGGUCGACCCUCAAGAGCGCCCAUCAAACAUCGGCCCCCCGACAACCAGCCAUUUUCGUCUUACGGUCGACACUCCACGAGGUCUGCAAGCUUUCCAGCCUGCGCCAAACUCAAAAGUCACCGAGGGAAAGCCGCAUGCCGGAACCGAGCGGGCCGUUAGCCAGCAGCCAACCGCAAAGACUGAGACCAAAACUCUAGUGGGGCGAAACAUCUACGAGUCGAACGGAAAGGAAGUUUCCGCCGAGCCUAACAAGGCAGCGAACGGUGAGGGUGCGAGCAACGGUGCUGGUGGCUCGGUCGACCUGCAAAAGCUCGAGAAAGAGACCAGGGAGCCAGCGAAGAAGGUCAUCUGCCACUUUUGCGGAAUCGACUGCAGCCGCCUUUACUACCACCACACGAAGACCUCGGAUGUGCCUGGCCGCCAGAAUAGAGAAGAGCUUUGCCCGAGAUGCGUGGUCGACAAGCACUACUCCCGAGGUUUAAACUCGGAAGAUUUCGUGAAGGUUGACCGAGGAGAUUACCCACCCACGCCCGAUGUUGAGGACAAUUGGACCCAAGAGGAGUUGUUGUUGUUGCUCGAAGGACUGGAAAUGUGCGACGAUGACUGGAACGGUGUCGCUGAUCACGUCAUGACAAAGACACGCGAACAGUGUGUGAUGAAGUUCCUGCAGCUUGAGAUCGAUAGCAAGUACGCCGAACCAGAAGGCACGCAGUCAGAAGGAGGUGCCCCAUCAACCAAGUUCCUUCGUGAUCUGGAAUAUCUCAAAGAAGGCCGCCUGCCAAUCUUCCACGGCGAUAACCCUAUUCUGAGUGUCGUCGGUUUCCUUGCAGGACUGGCACCAGCCAAUGUAUCAGAAGUCGCUGUAGCUGCCAGCCGCAGCGUUGCACAGAUGAGGAAAGAUCUCAACGAUAAGAUAAACAACGUCCAACCUGGUACAAGCGAUAAGGGCAAGGAAAAGGAGAAAGCAGCAGAAGGUGAAGUGAAGAAUGAAGAUGCUAUGGAAGUCGAUACCGCACAGUCCGCUGAGGCAGAGCGAGCUGUUGUUAGUGCCGAACCUCAAGAGAGCAACCCCCUCGCUACGCUUCCUUUCGCUCUCUCUGCAGCCCGUUCCGCUGCACUCGCCUCGCAUGAGGAACGCCACAUCACGCGCCUUGUCUCUGGUGCAGUGAACCUGCAGUCACAGAAAUUGCAGCUCAAGAUGCAGCACUUCAACGACUUCGAGAAGCUGCAUGCUGCUGAGCGUCGCGAUCUGCAGCGCCGUCGUCAGCAGCUCUUCAUGGAUAGAUUGAAUUUCCAGCGACGGGUUCGCGCGCUGGAGGAGGCGACCAAGAAGAUCAGCAGCACCCUUGGUGGACCUGCUGGCCUACCCGGUUCCGUGAGCCCCGAAGAUGCUGUCAAGGCGCUGACCGAUGCUAUUGCACUGUUCGGUGUUGGCAAGGGCGAGGAGGGUGUUGGUGUGAAGAGGGACAGUGUGGAUGGCAGCGUGCAGCCUAUUGCAGAGGGCGCCGAAGGAUUUGGCAAGCACGAGUUGUAG